UUUUCUGUGGUUGUGAAGGUUAACUCUGGCAGAAAGUUUUAUCCCACGUGAGACGUCAGACGCUCUCUCUGCUUUUCGUCUCAUUUUAUAGAGAAUUAUUGCACUUGUUAACACUUCUGGAGGAGAUUUGUGUAUGGUACCAUUGACAGCAUCCUCAGCUUGAACACUUAGGGACUGAGGAUUGUACCCCAUCACAGUUUAUGUUCAGUAUAGCCUAACUCCAAUGCCUCACAUACGAUCCAAGACAGUGGGAAGCGAACAUUUACGAAGGGAAACUUCUCAUCUGGUCAGGGGUAGGUCUACAAGACAGAGUAUUGCAAAUGCAACUCAGAAUUCACAUUCCAGUGGAAGUGCUAGUGAGGCAUUAAUCACUCUAUCUCAAGUUGAUAAUAAGCAACUGAAAAGGCCUCAAGCAUUGACUGAUCACAGUCAGGAUUCUUCUACAAAACGUUUGAAAACUUUUCAUAAACCUGUUCAUACUCGAUCUUCACAUGUUCCUGUGGAAAGUAAGAAUGGAAGAGAAUCUAGAGUUACGUCUGAUCAAUCAAAAUUGCAAAAUGAAAAUACUGUACCAUGCCAUGAACUUAUUGCUAGAAAAACUAAUGCAUCUCCAAGGAAACUUAGAUUAAGAAACUCAGAAUCUUCUGAUUCCAAAGUCCUCCUUACCCCAACAAAUACAAAAACAGAAGGUGUGAUCUUACCAAGUUCUAGACAUCGGGAGCAAGUAAAAAUAUACCAAGGUUUAGAAGCACCUCCAGUCUCAGAAACAGUGUUUUGCAGUACUGGUUUCACUAGAAAAACUGAAGCAAGACCAGAGAAUGAGUUGGGCUCUUUGAGAAAUGAAGUGCAUUCCAAGCAACUUAGUCAAGCAGGAAAAGAGUGUGCUUCCAAGGAAAGUAUGUUGGAAGAUAUUCACGAUAGUCAGAAUCAUGAAACACCACCAAAGAGAACAUUAAGAAGUGGAUUAUUAACACAGGAUAAAGGUGAUAAACAAGAUUUACUUUCUUCCAAGCAUAAGCAAGUAAUAAAAAAGUUAGUAAAGGAAUGUUCUGAAUUGUUUAUAUCAUUGAGAAGCAAGCCAAAGAAACCUUCAGUUCAGAAUGCCAGAAACUUGUUGCACAAGACUGCAAGUCAAAGCAAAGGUAAAACAGUUUUUAAGAACACUACUAACAAAACGAAGUGCACAGGAGCUUCAAAACAAUGUACAAGACAGGAUGGAGAGAAAGUUACAUUUGGUGUUUCUGCAAACAGUGAUGAUUCAGAGUGUAGUAUAUUGAAGACUAAAGAAAUUUCAUUCAAAGAUGACCAUUCAGAGUCAUUAGGCCAUAAAGAUGACAGUGCUUCAUUCAAAAGAUCAAAGUCUUUAUCAUGUAAAAAGUCUUUAGAAGCCAGUGCAGGAGCAGCUGAUAAUGAAAAAUCUUCCAGUAAAGCAUAUGACCAUCUUCAAACUCAAGGACACACUGACAGGGAAACCUUGGCAAAAUCUUAUGUACCAGGCAAAUAUGUUGAAAAGUCUUCACCAGAAAAUGCUAGCACUUCCAGAAGAGCUACGAGAUCAUGGACUGAAAACUCCAAAACAUGCAACAGAAUGUCAGCAUCAUCAGAAUCUUCACUAGAAAAUGUUACUACUAAAUGUAGCUAAAAAUUCUAGUACAAUUAGUACUAAGAAUUCUAAAACAUGUAAUGAGGAUGCCAGGGUGUCAACCUCGACAGGUACUGGUAAGUCAGGGACAAAUGGUGGUAACACCAAAUUAAAUAAGGCAAAAUUAGAUGAUAGAGCUGAUAUUGUGAAAGGCCAAACUGUCUCUGAAAGUGUAAUGUGUAAAAGAUCCAAAAUUAUUCAGGUACCUUCAUUCACAUCAGUAGAUGAAUCAGUAAAAACUACUAAAAGUAUACACAGUAUAAAUUCAACUACAAAUGGUACAGGAAAGCCCAGCCAAAAAAUCUAUAGCAUAAAACCUAAUAUAAGACAUAGUAAAAAUCGGAGAUCCAAAACUGAAGCUAAAGCUAGAAUAUUUACCACGAUAAAUAUUUCCAGAUUUGUUGAGAUGAAUAUUCCAAACCUGGUUUUAAAAGAUGAUGUUAAAGAGUCUACUUUAACACAAGCUGAUGAUAAAUCUCGUGUUGACUCUGAUCCUACAAAAUUGCAGAAUUCAAAGGAUUCUGAAAAAGCCACAUUGGAAAGCCGUACUGCAAAAGUCAUUACAAAAUCUCAUAUUAGGAAAUUCUCAACAAAAUUAAAGAAAAAAUCUAGGGCUUUUGAAUUAAAUGAUAAGUCUGAGGCAUUGAAGACAAAAGGAAUGAACACAGAUUCUUUUAAAGCUUUUGUUGAUGCUGUAAAAAGUGUUAAGGCAAACCCUGAUAGUGUGGGAUAUACCACUCGCUCACAUGUUACAACAAACCCUGAUAGUGUGGGACAUAUCACUCGCCCACAGGUUGCAACAAGCCCUGAAAGUGUGGGACAUAUCACUUGCUCACAUGCUACAAUGAGCCCUGAUAGUGUGGGACAUAACACUCGCUCACAUGUUAAAACAAACCCUGAUAGUGUGGGAUAUACCACUCGCUCACAUGUUACAACAAACCCUGAUAGUGUGGGACAUAUCACUCGCCCACAGGUUGCAACAAGCCCUGAAAGUGUGGGACAUAUCACUUGCUCACAUGCUACAAUGAGCCCUGAUAAUGUGGGACAUAACACUCGCUCACAUGCAACGAGCCCUGAUAGUGUGGGACAUAUCACUCGC